AUGUCGUCCAACACAAAGUAUACGCCUGCGCCUCAGCGCGAUUCUUUUGAAGAAUCUCAUGACUAUACCCAGCCUCCGCCCUCAUACCAGUACCAGACUGAGACUGGUGCUGCAGCUGGAGCGGCGCAUAAUGAUAUCCUGGGCGCUCCUAGAGAUUCAGAGGAUAAUCUGCCUGACGACUUCAAGUUUGGUGGAUCCGUCUCCGAAGCCCACAUUAGCAUCCGUAUGCAGUUUGUUCGCAAAGUCUAUGCCAUUUUGACUAUCCAACUGCUCGCCACCACAGUACUCAGCUCCAUUUCCUUCUUCAGCAAGGGCUACAAGAAUUGGAUUCAAAGCAACCAAUGGAUGAUGUGGAUUUCCCUCUUUGGCGCUAUUGGUUUCAUGUUUCUCACAUUCUGGAAACGCAAAUCCUACCCGACGAAUCUGCUCUUCCUCUCCGGAUUCACCGCACUUGAAGCAUACUCCAUUUCGGUCAUUGUGUCCUUUUUCGAGACACGGGUCGUGCUGCAAGCGCUUGUGCUCACGCUCGGAAUCUUUAUCGGCUUGACGCUCUUUGCAUGCCAGUCCAAGUACGACUUUACCUCGUGGAUGCCGUACCUUUUUGGCGGUCUGUGGGCGCUGAUUCUGUUCGGCUUCGUUGCUGCCUUCUUCCCCUACAACAGCACCGCCGAACUGGCAUACGGCGGACUCGCAGCCAUUUUAUUCAGCGGAUACAUUCUCGUAGACACGCAGCUCGUCAUGCGUCACUAUCACGUGGAAGAGGAAAUCGCCGCAAGCAUCUCGCUCUACCUGGACGUGAUCAACCUCUUCUUGGCCAUUCUGCGAAUCUUGAACAGCCAGCAGAAUAACUAA